UAUCAUGUCAAGAUACAAGAAAACUGCAAGUAUAGCCGAAGUUCAGCUAUUCGAUGAGAACCCUAUUUAUGAUGGUAGACCUAGAUUAGAUGAGCAUAUAACUAAAGCUGAAUCUGCUCAAUACAGAGUUCUUCAGUACCCGGGGGACUUCCUUUGUAAAUUCACAGCUACAGGAGAAGAGGUGCUGUACUGUACAUGGUGUGACAAGAUAAUCAAUACUAAGAGUAGUAGAGUCAGUGAACAUCUACGAAGUAUUAAACAUCUGGAGAAUAAGUUGGAGCAGGGUGGAUCUGCCACUAUAUCUUCUCCUGCUCUAGUUCCUUUGAUUAAACCCACUGAGAUGGUUAUGUGUGAUCUGCCAGGAACAGAACAGAGAGGAGUACUUGACCCUCCUAUAUUGAUAGAUGAGUAUCCGUCAGAUCUCGAGGAUGAUCACCAAACGUCAACUAUCAAGUGUAAAUACUGUCCAAGGGUAGAGAUUACAAAUCCUUUAGAAGCUGUCAAUCAUGUUGAUUCUAAACUGCACGCAGACCACAAACAGAGAAUUAUUAAAGAAGGUAGAGUUGUUAAAAAACCUCCUCCUCCUUUACUGAUACUUGAAGAUGAUGAAUGUGAAGAAGUAGAUUUCUACAAAAUCCGUGGAAUUUGUGCUCUACUUUCUGAUCUACCAAUAUCUACCACUAGAACUGGAGUAACUGAUCUGGAAUUUAUCUGUGCUGAUGGGAAUCUUUACUUUUAUAAGGCUGUGUUAGCUCAUUAUAGUAGUUUCUUCAAGGCAUGCUUUUCACAACCUUCUUAUAAAAGGGAUUUAUUUACCGUUUUUCUGCCUGAUAUUCGAACUAGAGUAUUGAAGGGAACACUUCAAUAUUUGUUGGGCGCUACUGUAGUUUUUAAAUCUAGAAGUGAGAUGCAUGAAUUCCGGGAUGCAUUUAGUUUGCUAGAAUUAGAUUCAGUUUGCACAGCAGACAUGCUUCGAUUUGAAUCUGUUAUAGGGCCUAGUCCUUUAUCCUCUAAGAGCCCUGCUAAGAAGUUGAAAAGACCCGAGGUUAAGUCUCAAACCUACCCUCAACCUCAACCUCAGAAAAGAGUUAAAUUAGAAGAAAAUCAUAUCAGCAAGGAACAGUCGAGUCUAACAGAUAGUACAGAAGAAGAAGAAGUGGAGGAAAUAGAAGCAAACUCUGAAAAUGAUUGCCAAGGAAUGAUUCAUGAAAGCCUUGACUUAAUGCAAGGUUUAGAAGGAGAUGUGGAUGAGAAGGCUAUGGAUGAGGAUAGGAAGAAUAUGGAUGAGGAUGUUGAUGGCCUGAUUGAGGAUGGGGAGGGUCUGGAUGAUGAUGAGGAUGAUGAGGAUUACAAUGAUUGUGUGGAAUACACUGGGGAUUCUUUACUAGUUAUAGGAGAGGAGGAGGAGGAAAGAAGUAUGGUGAAAGAGGAGGGAAUAGAUGACGAUGAGGAGGAGAAGGAGAAAGGAGAAGAAAUGGUGCGGAAGGAGGGAGAAGUAGAGAAAAAUGAGAAAGGGGAACCGGAGAAGAAGGAAACUAAAAUGAAUAAAAUUAGAUCUAAAAAUGAUAAUGAUAUGAUGUAAAAUAAGAAACAAAAAUAAAGAAGACCAAGGAACUAUAGCACUGUGUAUUUCCACCUGCCAAACCGGGACCUCCUCAUAAGUAUCUCUGAUUUAAAUAUGCAGUUUAUUUCUGAUUUAAUAAUAAAGCUCAAAUGUAUAUUA